UUGAUUCACAUCUUGCAACACAAGACGAGGAGAAAGACAGAGCGGUAGACUUAGAGGUCAGUUUGCAAUAAACGCCGGCACACAUAAUUUAAAUGUAUUUUAUAUGUCUUAACGCGGGGUUUAAUCACUGUUAACAUGUUGUUCCUGAGCCCGAUCGGAAUUGUUGGGGCAGAAUUUUAAGGGAAGGAUUAGCCGGUCUGUUUAGCCGCUUACUUGUAAGGAGGCGAGGUUACACCAGACUCCCUGUAAAAAAUCGGUAAUUUAAAACAUAGUGAAAUAAAACUCGAAUGUUCUAGUGAUUAGAAAACAACCCAAAACAUUUCAGGAUUAAUUCGCGUAUUGUGAUAUAAUCGGCAUAUAGAGAAAAGCGAUUUAUUGAAAUCAAAGAGAUGGUGGUGUAGCUGGUUGGAGUCAGUCUCGGUUUGUAAGUCAGGUUAGUCGACUGUACUAAACGGAAAUACAAGCAGACAGUUUUAUAUACAAGCCUAACCCUGGUGUCACGACUGAACUGAACAAACAUACGACCUUUUUUCUAACAAGAACAUCUGCGGUGAAAAAUGAAGACUCUGAUGGUGUUUGAUUUUGACCACACUGUGGUCGAUGACAACAGUGAUACCUGGGUGGUCAGAUGCCUCCCAGGUCAGACUCUCCCUGACUCUAUAAAGAAUUCCUACAGAAAAGGUCACUGGACUGAGUUCAUGGGCAGAGUGAUGAACUACAUAGGGGACCAGGAGGUCAGCCCUGACAGGGUCCGUAAUGUGAUGGAAACCAUACCCUUCACAGCUGGAAUGACAGACUUGCUGACAUUCAUAUCACAGAAUAAAAACACCAUUGACUGUAUAGUCAUCUCUGACUCCAACACCAUGUUCAUAGACUGGAUCCUCUGCGCAGCUGGGCUUAAGGCGGCUGUCGACCGGGUUUUCACCAACCCAGCUAAGGUCAAUGAACUCGGGUACGUGGAAGUACAGUGCUACCACUCUCACGAGUGCGAUCGAUGCCCUGUAAACCUCUGCAAGAAAAAAGUCCUGGAGCUUUACCUGUCAGAGCAGUCUGGUGGAGGUGUGGAGUACGAGCGGAUAUUUUACGUGGGAGACGGUGGGAAUGAUCUCUGCCCUACUUCAUGUCUGAGGGGGCAUGAUGUUGUGAUGCCCAGGAAGGGGUACACCCUGGAGAAACUGCUGGCCAAACUGGAAGGUCAGGAGGAUAACACUACUUUGAGAGCUAGAGUUCUUGCCUGGAGCAGUGGCACGGACAUCCUCCAGGAACUGAAAGCAAGCAUGCAGUCGUAGGCAGGGCCCAUUGGAGAACAAUACUUGAUUGACUUCUCAGUUGUAACUGAAAUAUUGCACUUGUAGCAAAUAAUGAGUUUUGCACUGUAGGGGGCACUUGCUGCUCCCUGUAAUUGUCACAUUAUCAAGACAGUAUUUAUGAUUUUAAAAGUGCAGUUAUUAUAAAGGAUUUGUCUUUUUAUUCAGAGGUGGAAGUGGGGAAUGCAGGCAUUCGAGCUCAGUUACAACACGGAUACAUUACAAUAACAGUGUUUAUAUGUUUUGGAUCCUACUUAAGUUGUGCUGUUUAGUAUUUCAUACCGUACCCCAGGCUAGUUUCCAUGCUUCAUCUCUCAACCAUGAAGCACAGCUGGGGUUACUGUGUUCCACCCACUCUGAAACUUGACAUUUUGUCCACCCCAUCAGUAAUUAAAGUCAUUACAUUAAUAAUAUGGUCACAAGUAAUAGUUUAUAAAUACCAGCUAUCACAUCAUUUAUGAGUGGGGCCUUUGCAGAACAUAUCGCACAUGCUUUUAAAAUCACAAUAAAACAUACAGAUAGACUUUAUGACCUUAUUUAUGUAUUACUGGUGUACUGUAAAGUCAAUUGUAACAGACCUUUUUCAGUAGGCAUUUUGACUUGUCAUAGCAGGAGAAGCACAGGUGUUACUAAUAACAUUUUCCUACUGUGACAUGGCAAAAUGUCUUUAGUGAAAAAGGGCAAUUUAUAAUAUGGUAAAUAUAUUUCUUUUGUUGGGGCUAUAGCCACCAUUUUUAAUUUAACACAUCUUCAUUAAUUUACCUCAGUUUCCCCAGAGGAGAGAUAUCAAAUGGUAUUUCUACCUUUCAAACAUUUUUCUAAAGUUACCAGAAAAUGCAAACUGUGGUGCCACAUAAAUAGUUCAUAAUAUGUCAGAGUUGUUUAAUAUUACUUAAUCUUACAACUGAAAAUGUAACACAUAUUCUAAAAGAAAAAGAAAUGUCACACUGCUCCAGCCCUUGAUUGUAAGCUGAGGACAUAGCUGAGCUAAUUAAGUAUCAAGCAUCACUGGAUUGUUUGGAAUUUUGAUUUAUUAACCUGUACUUUUGUUCUAUGUAUAUAUAUAUAUAUAUGUGUGUGUGUGUGCUGCUCUGUGCCUGUAAACAUCUCUGUCCUCAGUGAUUUUAACAUCUCAGGUCUGUGGUUUGAGUUUAUUCAUGUGAAGCUAUCUUGAUUGUUUAAACCAGGUUUGGAUUAACCUGAUAAUGUUAACUCUGUGUUGGCUCUAUUGAAUGGCAUAAACCUAAACUAACUGUUUACUUUAAAUGAACAAAAAGUCCAGGUUAUUUUAGCCUUGUUAUACAAUACCCUGUAGAUUUACUGAGUUAUGUGGAUAACUUUUCUUAGUAAAACCCGGAACCACUGUUUUUACAUCCUGUUUGAGAAGUUUUCAGAUUUUAUUAAGUAAUACUAUCCAGUUAACUUAGAACCUGUUGUAGAUAGCAUUGGAAUAGUUCUGGGACACUAUUAAGCUUUCUUAAAGCCAGUACAUUAUCUAGACUGAGUACAGUAUUGCUUUUGAAGUGCUGUGUCCCUUUGACAGCAAUACUUCAAAGUAUUGCUAAAAAACUUCAUUUGUGAUUGAGAUUGUUGUUAACAAUGGCAUGAAGCAACAUGCUAAAAUCUGUAUUUUUUAUUCUUAUUCUUGUAAAUCUAAUGAUGCAAUUAAAACCAGGAACAUGUUG